GACACUUCCAUAAACAGCAAGGCCGGAAACAUGCAGUUCGAAUUCUUCAAGAAAGUAAUUGCUUGUAUUCUUGCUUGUCUCGAACUUUCACGAAACCAACAGUCUAGAUGUACAACAUACACCAUGAAUGAAAAGUUUAUCGGGUCACUUCAGGAAGAUCGAGCAAAGCCUCUCUGGGCAUUCGAGAGGGAAUCUGUUGGUUUGGUCAUGCAUUUUUGUUUCUCUCAAUGUGAGAGAGACCAGCGAUGUGUCGGGAUCGAAAUUUGCACGAUACGACCAGACUUGUCACGGUGUAGGGGAUGUUUUGAGUGGUAUGUAAUUGACAAAGAUGGAGGUCUCCCCGGAAAUGCUACCGAUGGCUGCAAAUAUUUUGAACUGAGCAAAGAUAGCAUGGAAUCAAGAGGAAGCAGAGUGUCCGCAAACUUAUCAGCAGUAGCAAGUACCACAUGGUGGCCGAUCAAAAACAACAUCGUUUCCAAUGUUCUUGAUGGGAUCCCCGACUGCAAUAGAAGUAAUGUAUACAGUUCAGCUAGUGAACCAAAUCCAUGGCUAGAAGUAACACUGCCCGGGGCAAUAACGAUUUGGAAAAUAGUAAUCUACAAUGGUGAUAUAUUUAGUUUUGCUUUUGUCAACGUAAACGUUACGUACAGUAAAAACGGCGUCACCGACAUCUGUGGCUUUUAUCCGGGUGUAUUAUCACGUGACAGUGAUCAAGUUACGUUCUACUGCCCACCGGAAGCUCAUGCUACUACAUUAAAACUGCAAAUUCAGUCCAAGCCAGGACAACUCGAUUUUCUCUAUUUGUGUGAAAUUGAAAUCUACCGGAAAAGUUAAAUCCUACCCAAUCCAAUUCGAUCAAAACCGGUUUUUUUCUUAUUCUGAGCCUAUAUAUAGAUUUACUCUUUUCAUUGACACUAUUUUUGUCAUUUUUGGUCAUCACUAGAAGCGAAAUAAAAUAUAACUCUUUUAAGAUUUGA